CAGCAGAUGAGAGCAGCGCGAAUCAAGACCAAACCACUGUCGUCAAGAAAGCGAACUCUCGGAUAAGCAUCGUGGAGCGAUUUUUCCAGGCUCCGGCAAUACCAGGGAAGGCGCAGAUGUUCGAUACGCACUCGGUGUUCACCGAUACCAUGCAGCGUACCAUGUACAUGUGCGGGUUCCGCGAGCUGCGGCCAAUGGCCAUGGUGGAGUGCUGCGGCAUUGCGGGGAUCAACUGGCGGUACGGGCCGACGUUCCAGCAAUUCUUCCAGUGCUGCCUGCUGCUCUUCCGCAGUUUCCAGUUCCCGCCCUCGGACUUCGUGCGGUACCAGAAGCGGUGGUGCAAUCGGUUCAAUGCGGAGGGGCACUUGGACGCGCAGAACGGGCAAAACCGCGCGAAGGGGUUGGAGACGGCGGGGGAGAGCGAGCUGCCCUCCCACCUCGCUGCGAUGAUGGAAGCGGCGCGCGGAGGCGGCGACACCGCGUCGAGCACGACUGGGUUCGUUUCCUCCGCAGCUGAUAAUGAGGGCGGUGGGGCUGGCGGUCAGCCAGCAGGCGGGGAAGUGUCCCGGGACCAGCUGCAGAAGGACGCGAGCGGGCUGCUUUCGAAGGCGCUGAUGUUUGCCGGGUCGGUGGGGUUGCGGGACGCGAAAAUCGAGACCCCCGCGGUCUUCCGCAGCCACGGCGUUUUGAAACUGGUCGGGUCCGUCAGUGUCGAGGAGGUGGCGCAGAACCCAGUGAACGGUUGCUUCGGCAACCCGGCGGUGGUCCGCGACCUUUUGCUGGAAGAAGCGACCUUGCCGGAAACACGGAACGCGAUGCUGACGGAAUUCGAAGCCGUGAUCGGGGACGCGAUGAUCGAGCAGGCGCGCAGCAUGGGCUAUCGCAUUGGCGACGAGCAGUGGCGGUUCACUCGUGACGCGGAGAAUGCCGCAAAGGCAGCGGAUUCAAUCAAGGAGGACGACGGCGAUGAGUCAGCCUCCUCUUCGACGACCGCCGGAGGAAGUACUAGCGGAUCAGCUACUUCAUCCUCCAGCGCCAUUGCAUCUGGUAGUUCUGUUGAACAAGCGAGGACUGCUGGAGAUCAGCAGGCCGGGAUAAAAUCGCAGGCAGAAGUAGAGCACUCGUCCGAUGCUGAUGGGGCGCAUGACCAGGACUCGCUGCACCUGAAGAAGGCGGGCGAUACGAGUUGGCAUCGUGCAAGCUGCUACCGGGACUUCCGUGACACUGCCCUUGCCUUGUCGGGUGUGUCGAAUGAACUGAAGAAGAAGAAACCAAAUCAGAAAGAUCCCAUGGAAAAGAUCCCGCCCGAGGCACCCAUUGCGUUUGAUUUCCUGGAUUACAUGCGCGCCGUUCGCGUCGCUCGGAACAUCGAGACGCGGCAGGCGAUGGAGCUCUUCUUGAACUUCGACGCAGACGGCAGUCUGCGGUUGAGCGCGGGCGAGAUUGCAUUAUUGCUGAUCGCGUUGGAGUGUUCCUGCGACCUCGACUGCCUCGUGGAAGCAUUGACGCUGUACGGAACCUGGACGGCACGCACGGAGAUCGAAGAAGGCGAGGAAAACAUGUUUGCUCGUUCCUUGCGGAUCGAAACAGCCUCGCCGGGGGACGACCACAGCACAUCGUCGGAAGAAGCAAGUGCGCACUCCAGUGGUUCGGAAGCUGGCGAGGACGAGCACAGCAAGGCCGCUGCGUUGACAGCAACGCUAGCACCAAGCUCGGAGCUGCUAGAGGCUGGAACUACAGGAAUAACCGAAGCGAAGGCCGACUCCGAGGCGAAGUCACCGGCAACGCCAAAGAUCAAUCCGUUCGGAAAACUCCCUAUGGGCGGUGGAGCAGCGAGCGUGUUUACAAUGGCAAAGAUAAAUGCAAAGUUAGCGCCACGUAACAAAGAUGCCAGUAAAGCCAGCAAAGGGCCGAAGUUGGAUGCUUUCGGCCGUAUCGUCCGUCCAAAACAGAAUCGUGCUCGAUCUGCUGAUGCACCGACAAAGCAUAUCUACCCGAAAUGGACGAGCUACCUUCUCGAUCCAAAACUCCACACUGCGCUGGAGGUUUUUGCAGACCCACCUCCCAAUGCAACAGGUGGAGCAGGAGGCAAUGCGCAAUCCUCAGCAGCUGCUGCAAGUUCUGCGGGCGCAGCUACCGCUUCCGGUGCAGCUACUGGUGCCACGACAGCAACGUUGAGCAAGAAAGAGCGGCGCACGCUCACUCUGCGACGGUCUUUUUCCGCCGAUGCGUUUGAGCACGAGGAGCGGCGCUUAGAGUACUUGCACCAUGCUCCGGUGUCCGGUCCUCUGACCCAAAAGCAGGCCGACGUGCGAAAGCAGCGCCUGGCCGAGCGCGAGGACGAGGGUGCGCGGCCACCAGCGGCGAGUAUGCAUGAUCAACUCGAUGACGAAACCCCGGCGUCCGAAACAGUUGCGUUGCAGCAGUUUGACCAGUACUAUGCGCUCGUGGAAAACUUUGUUCUCCCUCUGGGAACGAACCGCAGCAAGCUUCAUCGCGACAGUGCGAUCACCCCGGUCGGGCACCAGCAGGACGUGAUGCUGAAGCUACCGAAAGCCUCCCGCUUGAGUUACGCAUCAACCCGAAGCAAAGUGUUCCAAAAAGUGACGAGGUGGCGCGCCAGGCAGCAGCGACGAACCGCCAAGGGUCGGGGGGUGGGCGGCGGUCUUGUGUCAACAUCCCUCGGCAACACCACGGACGAGCAAUCAACCACUUCCGUUGCUGCAGGAGCGCCUGCUGGUGCAGCUGCUGCAGCCGCUCCAAGCGAUACUAGUAGUCCGAACAAGCUAAAAAUGGGUCGCAUGUUGCUGAAGCGGAGCAGCACGGUGGCUUCCUCUUCGCCCAGCACCAGCACAACGAACAAAGACCAGCAAUUAUACGACGACGAAGCGUACUCGCAGGCGACCGCGAGCGAGGACUGUCCGGUAGAGUACAGCGACGACGAGGAGGAGGCUUUGCCGCCGGAACUCGAGGUGCCAUUCGAGCAUUUGCUCCGGUUUCUCGGGCACGUGCAGACUUCGAGCGGGUUCGGACCCCGGAUGCGCGCGCUCUACGAAAAAAUGUUUUUACAGAACGCGAAAACAAAUCCGCGUACCGGCGUCACGGAACUGCCGAGUAGGCAAGUCGUUGAAUACGUAGUCGCGUGGUGUUUCGCGCCCUACGAGCACGCGAGAAUCCACCGGGCGCUGAUGCGAGAAACAUUUGAAAACUUGUCGCUGGGAGAACUGCUGCAGCUUCUGCGGAGGCUGGAGAACGUACUACUCAAGGACUGGCACAGGGCCUUUUUCAAGGCGUACGUCAGCCGUUUACUGGAUUCUUGCAGCGCUAACGCAGAGGAGCUCAAGGCCGAAACGCACACGACACGGAAUGCCAGCGAACUGCAGCGCCGCAGGCAUGUCUACCACAUGCUCACGCGGGGUAUGUUCCAACCCCAUCCGCGACACGCGAUUUCCAAUGUCGCGUUUCUCAGGAUGUUCUACCCGGAGAUCGAGGAACUGGGGAUUCCGAAAAGCAACGUAGCGAAAUUGCUAGAGCAACAGAGCGGAGCGGGCGCCGUCGCAGCUAGCGCUGCAGGUCCGGCCGAUCAAACCGCCGGCGCGUCAUCUUCAAGUUCAUCUUCUGCGAAUAAAUCGAGCAACUUUUUUCCCGAGCCGGAGCUGGCCCAGGAAGUUCGCACUUUGUUGCGGGAGUGCGGGAUUGACCGCGAGGUGUUGCUGAAACGCGUGGAAGUUCGGUGGCACGACGUGGUUUCGUACCUUCGAAUUUGUCGCGAGCGCGCGAUCCUGAAACACGAGGCCAGCGCGGGCUUCUCGCAGUCUCAGCAGCGCGACGUGAAGUUGCAUUUUUGUGGGUUUUUCGAGCUGGACCCCAAGUUCACACCUUUGCUCGCGUCUGAGGUGAAGGCGCUACAGGAGGGCAAGGGACAGCAGACAUUUGGGAAGAGCUCGAAUUUGCUGCGGAAAAUGGAGUCGCGCGCGUUCGCAGACUCGAAGAUGGUGCUGAACAAAGACGCCGUCGCCGCAAUCGCAGCGAAGGGCAGUGAAGCCGACGGGCUUGGAGGCAGCAACGCGGUUUCCUCGUCUCCGUCAAAAGACCUCGGCUUUUCAGGAGCAAACUUGAUGUUUUCUUCCUCUCCAAUCGAGGCCGCAGUUAUCGAAACGUCGAAACCGGACGAACAGGCGCGGCCCGAGGAAACAGGCGCGACUCCACAACUUAUCAAAAGGAAAAAACCCCCCUCCCCAUAUCAAAACGAAACUUCUGAUGCUGGAUUUGUAUACAUAAAUCCGAGCUGUCUUGCUGGAAAGCACUGCAGGCCCAUACCAAGUGUGAGCAGAGAGGUUUUGGCCUAGGCGCUUAGCAUGAAAAACGUCCGCGCCCUAGACCCAACAGCAUGACAAACCGCCUGCACAAUGCCGCGGAGCCUGCGCCGGAGUUGCCUUCUUGCAAGACAGACACGAUUUGUGACCACAAAUCAGCAUCACAAAUAAUUUCCAAAAAUAUACUUUUUCAGUAUGGGGAGGGGGGAUUUUUCCUUUUGAUACAAUUGCUUUUCGAGGAGGACAUUUUGAACAUUCCGCUGUUCGAAGAUAAGCCGGAAGCAGAGGAGGAUAUUGCGGACGAAGCGGCGGAGAUGAAAACGCGAUUCCCAUCACAGUCCCGCCUUCUGUCCCUCGGUCUGGUCGACAAGGGGCGCGAACUCCCGCCCGCCAUGGGGCGCAAGCACCGCCGGCGCGAACAGCGUAAGAAACAGUCCUCCCGACUGAGUUCCCCGGCGUCCAGCCGCAGCUCGCCAUUGUCCAGCCCCUUCGGCAAUUCCGAUCCGCGCGGGGUCCGCGUCGCCGGUCGGUUCGGAUUAAAGGCCGUCUCUUCACCUGGCACGGCAACGCCCAGCGUCCCGGGAACGACGACGGUGAACAGCUUAGCGCAGGUGAGUCUGACCAAAGUGGACUUGUCCGGCGUGGGGAGCUACGACCCGUACAAGAAAAUCGACCCGGAGAAGGAGCUGGACCCGGGCCUCUACAACGGGACCAAGCCGAUGUUGCAAGAGAAACCGCAGUACCCGGAGCCCCUGGUCCAGCUGGAAAUUAGCGCGCAGCGGGUGAAGAAAUUCCUCGCGGAGAUCUGGCCGGGCUGCAAACAGAGUUCCGACAACCGGAACUGGUUAGAGGUGCAAAUGGCGUACUUGCGAUCCUCGUUUGGGGAUCAAUUCGGUUUCAAUCACGCACUGCACUUCUGCAAGGCGGUGCAGGAAAAAUGCCUGCGAGAACAGCGGGAGUCCGCUUCUCUGGCAUUCAUCAAGCCGGUAUCAAUCGUGAAUUAUUUUUUGUGCCGCUGACUUUGACUCAGACUCUUUGUUUCUCUUUCGCUCGCUUGCGAUAAUUCCGGAUUCUCUUUGUGUUUCCGCAUACUGAUGUCACCUAACCCUAAGAGAAGGUCCAAGCCACGUCUGGUUUGACAAAUCCAACAAAAUAUAAAAUAAUCGAGUAGAAGCCCUGCUGGGUCGUUGAUGAUAAAACUACACAAACAGACUGAAUGCGCUGCCUUCUUGAUGCUCUCAAUUUAUAGAAAAAUCAACACUUCAGGUUGAUCAUUACCCCGGUCUUGUGACCCUGCACAGUGAUGCUGCGGCAAGUCUCCGCCGGAUUUUCCUUAAACUCGCAGAUCAACACGAAGACGACUGCGUCCCUUUUUUGCAGGUACUGCUAAAGGGAGCAACCACUAGAACCUUCCACCACGCUGGUUGGUUGUAUUUCAAAAUGAAAACUUCAAUUUGUCUACUACUUUAAUACGUACAUGUGCAACGACGCUAGCGCUCAAAUUCGAAACAGACAUGAUUCGGCAUCUGCUUCAGCACAUUGCUCAACAUCAUAAAUUUAUUUUCCAGGUAAAAAACGCUUGGAUCGGGCGGCUACCACGCAGUGAGCAAUUGGAGACUCUGAUCAACGAAGAGCCUUACUUGCGCGUGAAGGAGUUCCCCGGCGGUCGCCACACACCCAUCCGCCUACCUGCGAGACAGGACGUCAUCAGUGUCUGGAACCGGAUUGCGGAGAAGAAGGUGAAGAACAAAGACAAGAAAGAUGCGGCAAAUAGUCCGACCAAUAUGGCGGGUAAGACCCCGAAGGGGAUGAAGGGCACCUCCGCACAGCUGAUCAGCAUGAACAACCCGUCCUCGCGUGUUCGGAACCAGAAGCAGGCAAGAAAUUCGCCAAUGGAGCGGUUGUCCGGGAUAGACCGGCUGGCCCCGGAGACGGUCGAGGAACCCCCAGUGCAGCGGCUGAGCUACCCGGGCUUUAUCGUGUUGUUCCGCUUUCUGAAGCACUUCCACGUGCAGGGCGUGUUUCCAAGAAAACGAAAAAACGCAGACGCAGGGACAAACUUCGUGCCCAGUAAGUCCGCACAUCUAAGCGUUUUGCUGCAUUAAGCAAACUACGGAUAAGGAGCGAUAAUGAUCUCAAGUAUUCAGAUUCACCAUUCACUAUCACUACAUACUAAGACAAGUUACUCCUCAAAAUCAAUAAAACAGCGAGCUUUAUACUCUCGCAAUUUCAGUCGCAGUCCAUGGUUUUUCAUGUGAAACGACAUGAUCCACCGAAAUAUUCAAGACAAACUUUCACUGUGGCGCCAGCCGUACAAACUACUACAUUCUUUCAAGACAAGCCACGUUAACCUUUUAACAAACUCGCUCAUCUUCAUCCUACUUAGCCUUGUCGAAAAAUGGCUCCAGCUGCUGCUCCGGCAUAAGCAACGGACCGCCCAAAAUUGAAAACCAAGAUAUCGAAGCGAUCGGCAACUUGUCGCAAUAUUAUUUGCCGUCUUAACAACAUCAACUUAAAUUUUUACGUUAGAAUAGCUCUGUACAUCAACACAUCAUCACCGCUGCGUCUGAAAAGUCGCGCACACACAAUCUUGAAGUCUAUUAGGUUGAGGUUCACGAAGUUGCGUCUCAAUCGAAUCUUUUCAAGUACUACAUUCAUCCUGGUGACUCUGACUGCUUGUAUUUUCUGUAGACAAACUACCGCUAUACAAUCUCAUUUUGGUUUCUUUCAGCAUCAGCUCCGCUUCAUCUCGCUUUUGUACAUCAAUCGAAAUCCGUGCUAUGCCUGUGGCUGCGUAACCACGGAGCUACUGAAAUUCUUGGAAAAAUAAAACUGCUCAACAUCCGAGAGAGCGUUGUGCCUUGUUUUUUGUCUGUACAGAAAGUUGCUUAGGAAUAGGAAUCAGGAACUCUGG